UGUUCGCUCGAAAAUUCUGCAAACGGAAAAAGUGACGUCUCCGCGCCGCAUAUUCACUUAUCUUAGUCGUGUAUCGGCCGCAACACUCAGCGAGUUUAUUUUUACCCGUAACAAUAAGCUAAGUAACGUCGCCGGAGCACAGCAAACGCCGGUUUAGUCUGAUCCGGGCAGUGAAAGUAAGCGGUCGUUCUUCACCAGCAAAAUAAAAGUUAAAAACUUACAGAGAUCAAACAAUCAGCUGAUAGAAACAUAGACAGCAAAAAUGGCACUCGUCGAAAGCACCACCAAGACUGAAAUGACCAUCACCGAGUCGCAAACGCCCGUCAUCUCGAAGGAAGUGGUCGUGGAAAAAUCCUCGGCCGGUGUGUCCGAGAAGAGCGUCACCCAGUCGAAGAGCUACGGCAGCAGCAGCGAAAAGGAAAUCACCGAGGAAAGCGAAAACUCCAUUUCCAAAUCCGUCGAAAAGUCCGAAUCCUCCUUCGCCUCGGAACGCAGCGUGUCGGAGAAGGUGUCGGAAACGGGCUCGCUCUCGUCGUCACUGCUUUCCUCGUCGUCGGUGGUCAGUUCCGUCACCAGCAGCAAGGUGGUUUCCUCCUCGUUCAGCUCGACCAGCGCUUCGUCGCUGUCGAGCAUCAAAUCGUCCUCGUUCGAUUCCAGCAGUGCCAUCGACGAGUUUUUCAAAAACUGAUAGUUUCACACAAGUUUUUUUUUUUUUUGUAUUUAAAUCAUCGGUCGACUGUCCAAAGAUUUCCGUUUGAACACACGCUUGAGUGCGAAUAAAUUGUAUGCUUUUAUUUUAGUUUCGAUUU